AUGUACGAGUCAAAACACAACCGAAAUAAACGACUUUUUGAAAAGAGAUCUAGCAUGUUUGGAGUUAAAGAAGGGCAUACGAUAUUUUGCGAAGACGACUGUGGUUUUACGCAUCAUGAAAUGCUGCUCUCGUUGGUGUUAAGCAAACGAAACGACCCGAAAACGUUCGACAAGUUCAAGGACCACGUUCGCAAAGAAUUGGCAGCUGGAUGGAACAGAAAUACCGAUAUUCCUGACAAAGCUAAGUAUUUUCGCUUUCCAUUAGUUCACUGGGCUGCAGUUUAUGGCAAACUUUCUGCUUUGCAAUGGCUGCUUGACCAAGAUUUUGACGUCGAAGUCACAAAUACCCAAGGCGAAACAGCCUUGCAUAGGCUCAUAGCAUGCCAAGCACACGAGCGAGCCGUCGACCCGAGAAUCGGGCGUGGUAGGCGAUAUUCAUUGGGGAAUAUCAUUCAAGUCUUUUCAAAAGUUCUCAAUAUUUUCACCGGCAAAUGCCCGCAAUUAAUGCUUCGGUACGAUUAUGUCGAACGUAACACACCGUUAGCACUUUGUCUUAAACUUUUGCUGGAAAAUAUUGGCACCUGUCCCAGAUUGGUGCAAUACCAUCAAGCAUUGUUCAAGGUUCUGUGCGAACGUUUGGUCAAUUUGAUAAAACAAGGAAAGCUAUUGGAGGAGUUUAUCCGCAACGGAUUUUCGCUUAAAAAUUCAAGCGGGAAUACCAUUUGGCAUAUUGCAGCUAGUUGCCGUAGCGAAACAGUUGCAUCGAGUUUAAAUAUGGUAAUGAAUGCAGUUGAAUCGCUUGACCUGAGCAUCUCUAAUAGCAACUACGAAACGCCUAUUUUGGUUGCUUUAAAAAAUGGCAAUCAAGAAUUUGCUGCAUUGAUAGAAGCGUAUAAGUUUUCAAAUUGUCCCGUUCCUAUUGUCAAGAUGGAAAUGUUAUCUGAUUCAGAGAAGGAUGAAUGUUGUUGUGAACAUCGCAAUAAUGCAUCCCGACAAAAUGUGGAACACGACAGUUCAAGUGUUUUACAAGAUGUUGUUGAUAGGUGCAAUGGCUCGUGUGCUAAUUCUAGCUAUAAUGGUACACCUGUGGGGCAAAAUGCUUCGUUAGUACGGGAUGACCAGUCAUUUACAGAGCCGAGAAAUGCAACAGUUGCUGAGCAAGAAAAAGUUGUUUUUACGCGUCCACAUGAAAAUGAACAUCAAGACAAUACAAGUGAAAUUUGUUCAUCAAGAAUGGAAGUUGAUAGCACCAGCCAAUGUAGCGGUGAACUUGGAUCGUUAGGAACUAGCCAAGGAAGUGGAAACUUUGAUCUUGACUCGUUAGAUGAAUCAUGUGGUCAGGAGCAAAUCGUAAUUGAGAAACAAAUUGACCUCUGUCUAAGCGUAAGUCAAUCUACCGACAGUUCCGAUUUAACAACCGUGGACGAGAAUACAAGUCAUGAUUCACAAAAAGAACCAGAUGAAUUGCAAAAAUCAGAAUCCUCACCGGUCGAAAAUAAUAACUUGGGGUCGAAUAUAUUGGCUGAAGCAUUACGACAGGCAGAUGUCAGUGAUAAUGAUGGUUUUUUGGAAGGAUUUGACCCAGCAACCAUCAGUCAAAAUAUUGACUUUCCAACCCCCCCUGAUAGUAGCACAAGUCCUGAACUGCCAAAACAAAACAUAAAUGAACCACGUACACCACCACCAAAAGAAUCUACUGCUUGUAGAGGCAUCAGUGUCACACCUGUGUUACUGAUAAAAUUGCUGUCGGAGCCUGAUGUAUCUGAAAAGUUUGAGAGCCUCCUUAAGGAUGUUAUUACUGGCGAUACGGCGAAAGUUGAUUCAACCCAAAGCACAUUGCAGGAGCUAAAAGCAUCAAAGUUAAAGUUGGAUUGUGACAUAAAUAGCUCAGAAGAUGUCCUAGUGGCGAUCGGUACAAAGAAAGAAAAGUUGAAUGAAGAAAUGAAAAGAUUACAACAAGAAAUUUGCGACCUUCAAACUUCUGAAGAAAAGACGAAAAGUAAACUGUCACAACUCAAAGAACAGCAAGCAAAGUUUACUGGACAGAUUGAAGAAUGUGAGUCUACAUGUAAUCGAUUAAAGAGACGGCUUUCAGAUUGCACUGGUGCUCUUUUUGGUUUGUCACCAAAAUCGCAAAAGAGAUGUUGA